GCCCACGCCUGUGAAGGUUCACGCUCAUCCGGAAUCACACAGAAACUAGAUGAACGCCUUCACCCGGGCACUACAGUCCAUCGCGGUACCCGGUUCAUCCUUCCAUCUAUUGGCCUUACUGGCGCACCAUGCCAAUGUCUGGUUGGAUCCCAUAUCGUCAUAUGGUACCAUACUCGGCCAAGGCAGCUGACCAGGUUAUCCUCCGAGUCUUCCUCCCUUCAUGCACAGCCUCCUCGCUGCCAAUCCGGUUGGGCUCUGACGUGCGAGAAUGCGCUUGACUACACCUUCCUAGACAACAUGUGGUUAGACACGCCACAUGUUCUCAGUACUUAG